AUGAGAUUGAUCGACUGUCGCGGCGGCUCGCUACGGAUGCAGGAGUUCAUCGGACGCCCGCCAAUUCCCUUUGCUAUCCUUUCGCAUACCUGGGACAGCGAAGAGGUCAACUUCCAGGCUUUCAACGACAUCGCUACGCGCACCACGGCCAGGGGCUGGACAAAGAUCGAGUGCACAUGCCGGGAGGCCCAGCGACGUAGGUUUGAUUACGUCUGGAUCGAUUCGUUCUGCAUCAGGAAUAUCGCCUAG